UAUAUAUAUAUAUACACAUAUAGUAGUUUUUCACAAAAAAAUAAAAAAUAAAAAAACAUAUAGUAGUUUCGUUUUGCUUUCAUUUUCACAUUCUCAGUGGUCAAUACCAUCCAUAAUGGCAGAAGCUAAAGCUAGCCGGAGGUGUGCAGUAGUAACAGGGGCAAACAAGGGGAUUGGAUUGGAAGCAGUGAAGCAGUUGGCCUCCAAUGGAAUCACUGUGGUCUUAACGGCUAGAGAUGAAAAUAAAGGUCUUGAAGCUGUUGAGAAGUUGAAAGAGUUUGAGCUCUCUGGUGAAGUGCUUUUUCAUCGACUUGAUGUGGCUGAUCCUGCUUCUAUUGCUUCUUUGGCCGAUUUUAUCAAAACACAGUUUGGGAAACUUGAUAUCUUGGUGAACAAUGCAGGAAUCGCGGGAUUAAUAGUGGAUUCUGAUGCUUUUGCCAGAGCUUCCGAGGAUGCUGGUGGCUUUCCAAUGGGACGCAAAUAUUGGGAUAAGAUAGCAGUUCAAACGAAUGAAUUGACAAAAAAAUGCCUGGAAAUAAACUAUUAUGGUGCAAGAAGAAUGAUCGAAGCUCUUCUUCCUUUGUUGCAAUUAUCUCAAUCGCCAAGCAUCGUUAAUGUUUCCUCCCUUCUGGGAUCGUUGGAGAAUAUACCCAAUGAAUGGGCAAAGGAUAUACUAAAUGAUGUAGAAAGACUGACAGAAGAGAGGGUAGACGAGGUAUUAAAUGAAUUUGUGAAAGAUUUCAAACAAGGCAAUUUAGAAGCAAAAGGAUGGCCAACACAUAACUCAGCCUACAUACUCUCAAAAGCUGCCAUGAAUGCCUACACAAGAAUUUUGGCCAAAAGGUUUCCAAAUUUCCAUGUCAAUAGCGUUUGCCCUGGAUUUGUCAAAACCGAUAUGACUUGCAAUACUGGCCUCUUGACUGUUUCACAAGGAGCUCACAUUAUUGUCACUACGGCACUCUUGCCUCUCAAUGACAAGUCAUCUGGCCUAUUCAUUUCUCAUCAAGGAGUCGUGAGCUUCUGAAUUAUAAUAUAAUAUAUACCCAUAUUUAUAUUUAUUGGUGAUUAGUUUUACAUUAUAUAUAUAUAUAUAUAUAUAUGGAACUACGAAGCAUUAAUCAAUUUGGAUUUCUUGUACUUUAAUAAAACUUCCUGAGGUUAUAUCCUUUCCAAAAAUUGAGUGCCACGUUCUGUUUG